CGCACGACCCGACAUCGAAAAAAUUGGGGGAGGGGGGGGGGUGGUGAAAUAUCAGUUUUUCUUCCUUCUCCAUGUCUUUUUACCGUGAAAUUAUUAGAGGUAUUUGGUUGUACAAAAGAAACAAAACAAUUCUAAAGUGAAAUUGUUAAACAUAUUUUAGACAUAGGUGUCGCCCAAACUAAGGUUCGAGCAUGGUCGAUGGUUUUUGGAUGCAAAUUUUAACAUAAGGGCAUGUUUGAUCAUUUACAAAGUAUAGGAGCAUGUUUGAUAGGGCUGGUUAUUUGGUCUGGACUGUUUUGUUUUACCCGAAACUGGACCGUAUAACCCGGAUCAGGACUGGACUGGGACCGGAUAGCAAACAAUCCAAUCUCAUAUUCGGGCUUAGAUUUGAGGUAAAAAACCCGGAUAAAGACCGGAUAAGAUACCCCAACACUCAAAUCCCCACAAGCUCAAUCUAAAAUCAAGAUCAAAUUGGGACCGUACCGGGUCAAGACCGGACCAGAUCAAGACCGGACUGUAUCCAAUCUAAUCUUUGGUCCUUAUAUUCCUGAAAAGACCGGACUGGAACCGGAUCAAUUUGGUCCAAUUUAACCAGACCGGACCGUAUAGCCACCCCUAAUAUUUAAUGUAAAAAAUAAUAAAUGAGCAUGUUUGGUAAAACGACAUAGUAAAAGGACAUAUUAUACCUAUAAUCCUUAAAAAUAACUCUCCCAAUUUUGAACAAAAUGCUCUCGCCUGAAGCUAUCGUCUCUCCUUCUCCGCCGACAACUCCAGGGGUUACAGGGUGGCCACCGGAUGCUAAUUUACCUAAUCCCCCAAGGGCGGGAUCGCCAGUCCUCACAGCCUCCUCUCAGCCCUUGAACUUUAAAGCCGCUCUAUCGUGGAUCAAUCAAGAAACACCAAGGAAAGCUUCCCAAUGGACGUUCGUGGGCGCGGACGACAUCGAGACAGGCUGUUUCCAAGGGGAGCCAGAAUUGAAACUGUCAUCAAAAUUCAAAGAGAGGCUUUGCCAGCCCUGGAAAAAGACGCUUGUAGUUCGUCUGUUGGGACGAUCGAUUGCUUAUCCGUAUUUGUGCUCUCAGCUGCGGCGGAUGUGGAGGCCGGUAGGCUCUCUGGAAAUUUUGGACCUCAGCAACGACACCUUUUUGACAACAUUCGGGAAUGACCAGGACUAUCUGAGAGCGCUUACGGGCGGACCUUGGGUCAUUUUGGAUCACUACCUGGUGGUGCACCAGUGGUCGCCGACGUUUCGUACCUCCGACAAGCCUCACAGAUCGGUGGUUGCCUGGGUACAGUUCCCAGAAUUACCAGUUCAUUUUUAUCAUAGAGAAGUUUUAUUCGCAAUUGGGAAUUUGAUAGGCAGGACCGUUAAGCUCGACUAUCACACGGAGAUGUUGGAAAGGGGCAAGUUUGCGCGUAUUGCUAUUGAUCUUGACAUGACGAAGCCGCUUCCGACCAGAGUCAGGCUUGACGGAGCGUGGCAACAAGUGAUCUAUGAAAACAUUCCAACAAUUUGCUACUCAUGUGGACGGAUUGGGCAUACAGAGGAGGAGUGCCCAUUGAAAAAGCCGACACCGAUGAUGGCGAUUACGGUAGGGACAGGUACAAACCUCGAACUCUCGCCGGUGAUAGAGUCAUCGGAGAUUCCCGCCGGUUAUGGACCUUGGAUGCAGGUUGCCAGAAAAGCUAAGCGACACACUAGGAAACCAGCGGAUUCUCAGCCACAAAAUCAAGGAAAUAAUAAGGGGAAGAAACAAGAUACAGCCCGUGAUUCCGGUUCAACAAAAGGAAAGGGAAGUUUCGAUGGGGGGAAAGUGAAUCAAGACACAAAAGUAAAGGGUGAGCAGAAGCAGGGAAAUAAACAUGCCAAGCAGGGCAAACUCAAUGAAAAAGCUACGACUGAGAGUUUGACUGAGAGUUUUGAGGCUUACGGUCAAAAGAAGAUGGGAUUGGGCCAGGAGUGGCGCCCAAUUGGUCUUGGACCCAAAAACAAAGGGGAAGCCUCUACUAGCGCAGGACAUGGGCCCAACGAUUUAAUUGAUAAGAAUAAUAGUUCAGAAACUAGCCCACCUCUCUCGCAGAGCUCGCAUGUCAUAAUUGGACCAAACAACACUAAGAUUCAGGUCUUGACCGUCCCCGAUUUGAAGAUGCAGCAGAAGGAAAAUAGGAACCCCAACACCGGGGAAGCUGCAAAUCGGAAAUCUGGCUACAAGCAAGAGAAGGAGCAAGCUCUUCACCUGAAGGGCAUUAGUCUAAAAGCGACUAAGAGACCCCUGCAGAUCUGCAAUUCAGGGAAGAAAGAGGGGCCGAUGAAGCACAAGCAAACGGCGUUUCCCCUAUCAAUUAAAGCUAUCGAAGAGUUUUGCACGACGUCGCAGAAGAAGAUAGACUGUCUCAAUGAAGGGGAAACAAAGGACGUCGCCAUGAUCGAGCUGCCAGUUGUGGAUAUGCCCACCAAGGAGAACCAUACAGGGGAAAAGGGGAAUCCGAUUCCUGCUCCACUCUGACCCUUUCCUUUUUGAUUUAUCUGUCUUCCCCUUCUCUUUAUUUCCAUGAUUUACAAAACUAACUUUAAAAUUUUGUCUUGGAACGUCUGUGGUGCAGGAAGCAAAAAGUUUAAUCGGGCCAUUCGUUUAAUGAAGAGUAUGCAUAAACCAGAUUUUUUGAUCAUCGUAGAACCUCAAAUCAGUGGUGGUCGAGCAAAUGUGGUGUGCAGUAAACUGGGUUUUGAUGA